CCGCGAGACGGCGCCGCGCGACCGCGAACGCCCUCGAGCGACGCGCAUUCGAACGAAUUCUCGAACCCUAUUGAUCCCCGCGAUCGACCGCGCAUUCCGUGGAAUCGCAUUCGCGACGCGUUCACCGACGAAACGCGCGAUUCGGCGUCAUGUCGCUCACGAGCGAUGAGAUGAAUUAUUUGGUGUAUCGAUAUUUGCUCGAAAGUGGGUUCACGCACGCGGCGUUCGCGCUCGGGAACGAGAGCUACGUCGAUGGGCGAAAGUUGACCGACGGCCAACGCGAGGUUCCCCCGGGGGCGUUGAUCUCGUUCGUGCAGAAGGGGUUGCAGUACUGCGAGCUCGAGGCGAAUCUGAAUGAGGAUGGUACGGAUGUUGACGCCGAUUUUAGCGUGCUGAGCGCUAAGGAUUUGCUGUCGCUGAGCGUGGACGAGUUGAAGGAACUCGUCUCCGCGCGGAGAAAUAUGACAGAGGAGGAGCGCAAGGCAUUGAGGGAGGAGGAAGAGAAGGAGGCGCGCGCCAAGGCGGAGGCGAAUGGGAUCAAGAUCGAGAGUGAUAUUGAGCGAGAGAUCAAGUCGGAGGAAGUGACGGUGUUGGAUGGACACACGAGCGAGGUUUUCAUAUGCGCGUGGAACCCGACGAAGCAAAUGCUGGCGAGCGGUAGCGGAGACAGCACGGCGCGGGUGUGGACCGUGCCGGCUGGGCCGUCCGGGCGCGAGGCACAGACGAAGUUGGCGAAGCCGAAGGUGCUGGAUCACAAAGCGAGCGGUGAUGGCGUCGAGGCGAUGGAUACAGACGAGAAGAGCGCGGCGCCCGACGGCAAGUCGAUGCAAGGCGACGUCACCACGCUCGACUGGAACGCGGACGGUACUCUGCUCGCGACUGGCUCGUACGAUGGCCAGGCACGCAUUUGGGAUACGAAUGGCAAGCUAAAAAUGAGCUUGAAGCAUCACAAGGGCCCGAUUUUCUCCCUCAAGUGGAACAAGACGGGCGACUGCUUGCUCAGCGGUUCCGUGGACAAGACGGCUAUCGUGUGGGACGCGAAGACGGGCGACAUGAAGCAGCAGUUCGCGUUCCACUCCGCGCCCACACUUGAUGUGGACUGGCGAAGCCCCACGGAGUUCGCCACGUCUUCCAUGGAUCACUCCAUCUACGUGUGCAAACUUGGGGACGACAAGCCCAUCAAGGCGUUCAACGGGCACACUGACGAGGUGAACGCCAUCAAGUGGGAUCCGAGCGGAACGCUCCUCGCGUCUUGCUCGGACGACUUCACGGCAAAAGUGUGGAGCUUGAAGAAGGAUACGUGCGUGCACGACUUCAACGAGCACGAGAAGGAAAUAUAUACCAUCAAAUGGAGCCCCACGGGCCCCGGCACGGAGAAUCCCGACCUCCCGCUCCUUCUCGCCACCGCGUCGUACGACGCCACCAUCAAGCUUUGGGACGUGGAGUCCGGUAAGUGUUUGCACACGUUGGAAGGUCACACUGACCCGGUGUACUCCGUCGCCUUUAGUCCCGACGGCAAGUACCUCGCGAGCGGUUCUUUCGAUAAGCACUUGCACAUUUGGAACGUAAAGGAUGGGAGCUUGAUGCGAACGUAUCAAGGAGAGGGUGGUAUUUUCGAGGUUUGCUGGAACAAGGAAGGGACCAAAGUCGCCGCUUGCUUUUCGAAUAAUAGGGUGUCUGUCCUGGAUUUCGAGAAUUAGCGCGAGUUAGCGGAGAGAG